AUGUCCGACAUGUCCGACAUGUCCUCCUCCGACAUAAUAAUGACGCCCUCCGCAACGUCAUCCUACAUCCUCCCAGACGCAUCGCGGUCCUCCUCCCCCGAUGGCCGCCGGGACGAGGAUGUAGACUCGCUCUCGUCGCUCUCCACCAGCAUCCUCGACUCGGAUUCCUCCGACUUAUCGGAUGCGCAGCGGGAAUGGGAAGCCAGCCUGGAGCAGCUGCAGCUCCUGCUGACCAUGAUCGUCAUGCCGUUCGCGGGGAAGUUUCUAGGGCGGAAGUUUGCGUACUGGAGCUGGGCGAGAUACAUGGAAUGGAUGCACAACGUCGAGAUCCGGUGGACAAGCAAGGGGGCGUUCAAUGCCGCCGGCGCCGCCGAGGCUGCAGCAUCUCGGCCCGGACCGGAUGCUCCCACCGCCACGACGGAAACCAAGGAAGCUCAAAACCAGCGCCGCCGCAAACGUCGCAAACAGGAACCACAUAAAAACAGUGCUAGCCUGCACCUCACGACAACGCUUAUGAUCGUCCCCACUCCCAUACGCAAUCCAGUCACCCGGCUGUUUGCUCGUGUCGGCGCAGUUGACGACCUUCAGCUUGGCGGCCAGCACGACGGCGCCGAUAAAGGUGAAGAGCGUGGCCAGGGCAUCCGCGCCGAGGUGGACGAGCAAGGGGAGGGCGAUGCGCUCGACGAGGCCCGUGGCGAGGCCGAGGAGGGCUGCGAGCCAGGAGAGGACCACGACGAACAUGGAGAAGUUGAUGGCGGCGGUGGCGGAGCCCGCUGCGUGCAGGUUGCUCGCGAUGAUGUUGCCGAUGAGGCCGGUGAGGAUGAUGAUGAAGAGGAGCUGGGUCGCUCGGAGGAUGAGUUGUAUCCUUUCCAUGGCGGCGGUUUGGGUCGAGGUAGUUUGAGCGUGCGGAGAGGGUUGUCAAGGUGGCGGGGUUCGUUCCUGGUGGGGAGAUGCGCCCAGUUCUGUUGGAUGUGCGGUUUGCGGGAAAUUGUUGAUCUUUGCGACUGCUGUGGCUCUGAUGAAGAAGGUACUUGGAGAAAAACCGACAAUAUUCUGCUGCCCUGGCAAUGUUGGUGA